AUGGACACAUUACCAAUAAACAUUUUAGGAAAUGCAAUAGUGUCGUUUCCUUUACCUAAAAGGUAUUCUUACCGUAGACUGAAUAAAGUUUAUUUCUUACAAAGGGCUUGCAGCGGAGUGACUGAAAUCGAAGGAAGAAAGACAACUUCCAUUCAACAAACAGAUUUAGAACGUUUACAAAAUGACACUAGAAAAAUUCAAGAGCGUGUACUAGACACUGAUAAGAAGUUACAUAAAAACAUCGAUUGCCUUGAAGAGCAAAGAGAUGACAUACUUACGAAAAUCGAGGACGUCGAAAGGAGCUUGAUAGAACAUAUUCAGAAAUUAAAACGUGAAACAAUCAAUACUCUGAACAAGGACUUUACUUCAACCAAGGAAGGACUGAAUUCUAAAAUCGACCUGAUCGCAUUUAUGAAAAAGGACAUAGAGAAUGCAAGUAGCCAGCUGCAGUCAUUUACCAGAAUGGAUGCGAGGCAGCAGUUUUUUCGGACAAAACUGAUACGAAAUACUAUAAAUGAUACAGUAAAUUUGUUUGGUGACAUCGAAGAGAAAGGAAGUAAAGCGUUAUGGUUUAAAGAAAAUGCAAAUGUAAACAAUUCUGUUAUGAUAGCAACAUCUUUAGGACAUGUCACAACAGUUACAGAAAAUGAAGGUCAAAAUGCCCAGAGAAUAUGUAAGGUGAAAGGAAAAAAGGAGGUCAAUAUCAAAAUGCAAAACGACCGUAAAACGUGUAAUAUAUAUGAUGUAUGUCAACUUCAGGACGGUACAAUCAUGCUGGCUGACUCGGAUAAUAAUAAAUUUAAAAGGCUUGAUAUGAAUUAUAACAUCAAGGACCACUGUGACCUAGGUGACUCUCCUAGGAGUAUUUGUUGUACUGGUCCGAAUGAAGUCGCUGUGAAAAUGAAAACCAACAAGGUUCAGUUCAUAUCAGUCGGCAGUUCGUUGUCUAAGCUCAGAGUUAUAUCUAUAGAAGAUGGAUACUUUAUUGGAAUGGCUUAUUGUGAUGAAGAGCUGUGGAUAUCUACCGGAAGAGGUGUCAAUGUCUACAGUAAAUCUGGUACUCUACUAAAAACUAUUAGCCAAGAUAUAAAUGGUCGGAAUAUAUUUAAAUCGAAUACUCGACACACGGCAGCUAGUGGAGAAACUUUUAUCGUAACAGAUGAUUGUGAUGGCGCCGUCUGUCUUGGAAGAGGUCGUACGGUACAAAGAGAAUUGCGGAAUGAAAGGCUCGUCAGCACAAAAGGCGUGUGUACAUCUAGUGAUGGAACUGUGUUCCUGUCUGGAUACAGCUCAAACAACAUUGUGAUGUUUGAUAAGGAUGGAAAAUGUUUUGGGGAGUUAGUAUCUAAAGACGACGGACUAGUGAAUCCUAUUUCACUAUGUUAUGAAGGCAUGGGAAACUUUAUAAUUGUAACAUGUGCCUCGUCUGAUAAAGUCAUUAUAUUUGAUUUGUCCAAUUAA